UUGCACUUCGAAAAAUUCCUGGCAACACUUUCGUUCUGCCGAAAAAUGGACUUGUAUCUGUUUGUUGUGUUCGGCGCAUGUAAUGAAAAAUUCUGUCAUGAGUAAAAUAUUUAUUUUUAUUUCGUCAAAGCUACUUCCUAAUCCUUGACAAACAAUGAUGGAUGCAUCUGAAGUUUCCACCGCGUAUGACGAUGUAGAUCAUAUCCUUCAAGUUAGUGAAUUUUCUAAUUCAUCAAGUUCAGACGUGAAACAGUUGCAGGAAGAGCUGAAGCGCCUGCAAACUGAACUAGAUGAAUGUCGUUCAUUAGUGACAGUUGCUGAAUGUGAGAAAGAAAAUGUUGUGGAAAGUGAACAGAGGAAGCGAAAAGAGGAAGUUGCAUCUUUACAACGAAUAAUGGAAGAGAAUGUUGCUGAUGCAAUAAGAAACACUACUAGUCGUUAUGACAAAGAAAUAAAUCAGAUUCAGAAGGAGAAAGAUAGAAUAGAAACAGAAUUGCAAGAACUAAAGAGUAAAGAAAAAAUUGAUAUAUCCAGAGAAGGAGUAUUAGCUGCUGUAACAAAAUCUCUAAAACGUGUUGGUAAUUUAGGUAGUCCUCUGCCUUUCACUUCAUCAACUGGAGAGAGUAUUGAAAAUUUAGAAGAAAGCAUGAGGAAGGCACAAGAAGAUGCUGAAAUGUUACGUUCUCUUGUCGUUCCAUUGGAAGAAGAAAUAAAGGCAUUGAAAGACAAAUUACGGUCUACUGAUGAGCAGCUAAGAGUGUAUGAAACUGCAUUUGCAGACUUGGUGAAGGGUUUAGGCUCAGAUUCAUUGUCAGAAAUGAUAAAGGGAAAAGGUCCUGCUGAAGUUGUCGAACAUUUAGAUGAAAAACUUACCACUCUGUGUCAAGGUUUACAAGCUGAAAAGGCAUCUCGGAGUGAUUUAGAGAUGUAUGUUGCUGUUCUCAAUACUCAAAAAGCAGUUAUGCAAGAAGACAUGGACAAAAUCAAACUAGAGCUUCAAGAGGUGUGCCAGUUAUUGGAGAAAGAAAAGAAAGAGCAUGUUCAGCUAAAGAGAACAUGGCAAAUGGCCAAUGACCAGUUUUUAGAGACACAGAGGCUACAAAUAAUGGAUAUGCAGCGUAUGCAGAGUGUUUUAACAGCAGAGCAAACAAGACAGAUUGCUGAAGCUAAAAAGAAGGAUGAGCAGAGGUUAGAGCUUGAAAGGCAACUGAAAAGAAGUGAAAAGAAAGAAAAUGAAAAAGCGUCUGAUGAUAAAGGCAGAACGUCACCAUUUUCUCGACCUUCAUCUGCUAAGGCAGCAAAAAAAUCCCCUUCUAUUAGUCAUAAAAGUUUCUUGAUGAGCAAUAAAUCUAAUGAAUUGGAAAUACCUGUGGCUUCAUCAGCUAGAGCUAGGAGUAUUCCUGAAUACCUGAAUUUGGCAGAAAAAGAAGUGUUCUCUGAGAAGCGUUCUAUGUCAAGUUCAGCUAUAAAUGGUCUAACAAAAACUUCAUCUCAAAAUAACUCCUCUUUAGCUCCCUUAAAUUCCUUACCUAUUACAGAAGCUCAAACAACUCCAACUACACCUAAAAAACUUCCUAGUCUAACCCAAGAUCAACUAAAAGCUUUAUCCGAUCUUACACCUGAGCUUGAAGUGAGGAAAACUUUACUAGAUAGUGCUAGGGCAGAGUUAGAAAGCUUUUCACUUGUGGGAAAGCGACUUGUAACUGAAUCUGAAUGGCAGCUACUGGAAGAAGAGUUGAAGAGAGCUCGUGAAAAGUCAGGGCAACCCUGCGAAAUGUGUUCUAAUUAUGAAUUGCAGCUACAGCAAGUGCAGAGACAGGAAGCCGAGCAGCGUAAUAAAGCUACUUCAAUUGAAAUGACUCUAGAAGAUUACAAAAAAGAUCUGCUUAGAGAAAAAGAGUAUAGGCAAGAAAUGGAAGAAAAGUUUAAUGAAGUCUCUAAAGAAUGUGAAAAAAAGGUUAGUGAGCUUUUUAAAAUGCGGGACCAGUUCACAAAAAAUUAUAGUGACAUCAAGAUCCUGUAUGACCAGUGCCAUAAAGAUCUAAAUGAAUUUCAAACGGUGAUAGUUUCUGAGAGAGAUGCAGUUAAACGAGAACUUGAGAAAGUGAAAAAUGAAAAUGAUGUCCUACUUGGAAAACAUAUAGCUAAAGCCCAACAAAUGAGUAAUGAAACUAUAAAUUUACCUAACACUAUAGAGGACUUACAGUUUUAUGUCUUGCAAAAAAGAGAAGAGCUUAUUGAAAUAAAAACAGCUAAAGAAAAUAUGGAAGAAGCCUUGAAGGGAGACAUUCAGAUGCUGAAAAACCAACUUAUGUCUGAACAAACAGCAAAAGAAAGCCUAGAAGAUACAUAUACUCAAGAACUAGAUAGCCUCAGGGAACAAUUAGGUAUUUUAGAAAGUGUUAAACAAGAAUUACAAGUUCAGCAAAAUAAAAAUAUUGAACUAGAUAAACAACUAUCUUCAGUAUUAGAAAGUUGCCAGCAGAAAGAAGAAAUAAUAUCACAAUUUCAAGCUCAAUUAGAUGAAUUAAACACUGCUAAGUCAAAAACAGAGGAAGAAAUGCGUGAAUUGAAGUCCAAAGUUCAGAGUCUUCAAUCAGAUUUAGACACCAGUGAAGGAGUUCAGAAAGACUUUGUAAAGCUUUCACAAACGCUGCAGAUGGAGUUAGAAAAAAUAAGACAGUCUGAUAGUGAAGUUAGGUGGCAACAUGAUGAAGAUGUAUCCGAGUGUAAUACUUGCAAGAAAAUUUUUCAAGGUCGCAAAGAAAAAAUUCAUUGCAACCAUUGUGGUAAAAUAUUCUGUGUUGAAUGUCUAAGCAAAACUGUGAAUAGUGGACCUAAAGGACGGCAGUUUAAAGUGUGUAAUGUGUGCCAUACUUUAUUAGAUCACCAGACUGCUCCUUAUUUUAGUAGUGAACUCCCACUGACUCCAAGUUAAGUGCUAUGAAAUUUUCAUUUUUUAGACCAAUAUGGAUUGCUUUUUUUCCAAUUUUGUGUGAAAUUUGAAGGAAAUAACAGAUCUGCAAAUGCUAUGCAUUUGUAUAUUCGCACUGCAAGUACAAGUACCUUCGUUGCAUAGGAAUGCCAACUACCACAUGUAUUCUUUAUUUUUCGCAAAUUUUAGUUCUGAAUACAGGGAGCUUCUAAAAAUUACCAAAGAUCGCAAAAUCCCAGUAUUUUUUAGGAAAGCAUCUUAAUUUCUUGAUAUUUUUAUUUACGUAUUUUUUAUUUUUAAAAUACCCCUUUUUUCAGUUUUGAAGAAAAAUUUAUUUGCUCUGUUUUAAAUGCAAAAUAAUCUUUUCCAAUAUUAUUCUAAGUAAAGAUAUAAUUAAAUGUAGUAAGGAUUAUUUUAAUAUUUGAAUGAAAAAAAAGCAAUUUACUGAAUAUCAAUUAAAACAUUUCAUUUGGCUAUGUUAAGUUAUGCUAUAAAUUUAUGCCAUGUCUUCAGAAAACUAACUGCAUAUCUAUAAAAAAAGUAACUAUGAUUAGGAAAAAAAAACUUCAUUACUAUGAAAAGGUUACUCCAAUAACUGCAUUUUUGGAAAGUAUGGCUCCUAUACAACAGAAAAGUAACUUCAUUACUAUUAAAAAAUAACUCUAUUACUUUGGAAAAGUAAGUCUAUUGUUAUGAAAAGUAACAUCAUUACGCUGAAAUAUCAUUGCAACUAGUUGGCAUCCCUUAAUACAUGUGAAAGAAAAGUGCUAUGUUAUGAUUUGAUUAUAGCCUAUUCUGAGCACUAGCCUGGA